CUUGUUGAAUGCCUAGUCACUUCAGCUUUGUACCAGCCUGACCAAGGACCAUGUCUACCUUUGGCUACAGAAGAGAGCUCAGUAAAUAUGAAGACAUUGAUGAAGAUGAGCUCCUCGCUUCUCUCACCGAAGAGGAGCUGAAGGAGCUGGAGCGGGAGCUAGAGGACAUAGAGCCUGACCGAAACCUUCCAGUGGGACAACGGCAGAAGAGCCUGACGGAGAAAACACCGACAGGGACUUUCAGCAGGGAAGCACUCAUGGCCUAUUGGGAGAGGGAGACCAAGAAACUCUUAGAAAAAGAGAGAUUGGGUGCAUGUGACAAGGAUUUUGAGCAAGAAGAAGAAAAUUCAGAAGACCUUCAAGAAGAAUGUUUCACAGAAAGCAAUAGUGAAGUGUCUGAGGAGGCAUAUACUGAAGAGGAUGAAGAAGAAGAAGAAGAAGAAGAAGAUGAUGAGGAAGAUGAAGAUGAGAGUGACGAUGAGAAUGAGGAAAAGCAAAAUGCUGCAGCUGGUGAAAGACCUGAGAAUGUCAGAAGUUCUGACCACAUCAGACGUAAAAAGUGUAAUGGUGCAAAGGACAGUGAAAACUUACUAAAUGGCCAUGAUGGAAAAGACAAUGAUAAUCGGAGCUCAAAAAGCAGUGCCAUCCACCCAUGUGGGAAUCCAACAGUUAUUGAAGAUGCUUUGGAAAAAGUUAGGAGCAAUGACCCUGACACUACAGAAGUCAAUUUGAACAACAUCGAAAACAUCACUUCACAGAUGCUUAUACAAUUUUCUCAAGCCCUGAGGGACAACACAGUGGUUAAGUCUUUCAGCUUGGCUAACACCCAUGCUGAUGACAAUGUGGCAAUAGCUAUUGCUGGUAUGUUAAAGGUAAAUCAGCAUAUAACUAGUCUGAAUAUUGAGUCAAAUUUUAUCACAGGCAAAGGUGUGCUGGCCAUCAUGCAAGCUUUGCAGAAUAACAAGGUUCUAACAGAACUGCGGUUCCACAAUCAAAGGCACAUCAUGGGCAGCCAGGUGGAAAUGGACAUAGUUAAACUGUUGAAAGAGAACACCACUCUGGUCAAGCUGGGAUACCACUUUGACCUUGCUGGCCCAAGAAUGAGCAUGACAAGUAUCCUGACACGAAAUAUGGAUAAACAAAGACAAAAGCGUAUGCAGGAGCAGCGACAACAAGAGUCAGGUUAUGAUGGAGCUAUCAAUCCAAAGACCAAAGUUUUGCAGAAGGGGACACCCCGGUCCUCACCUUAUGUGUCACCUAAGAGCUCACCAUGGUCCUCUCCAAAGCUCCCUAAGAAAUCACUGCCAGAGAAAAGUCAGCCUCCUGCU